CCCUGCAGUUCCUGCAGAGGUCGUGUGCCGCCUCCAUGCAGACCCGGCUCCUCCUAGGAGACGACGGGCUCCUGGGGCCCCCGGGCGUCUGCGGGGACGCGGAGCCGGACGAGGUGGAGCUGGUGGCCGAGGUUCGGCUGGGGGACGUGGCUGCCGCGUCCGGCAUCUUCAGGAGAGAGCGGCCCUGGAGGGUGCACAAAUCAGUCUCCCUGCCCAGCCCCUCGGCUCCGCGCUGGAGAGGAGCCGGCAGCCUCCCCGUCGCCCUGGACCCGCCUUCCGGCCCCCUGGACCUUAAGUGGCCUCCCCGGACUCGUGGGGGCGCAGCCCCGCUCCCCGGCACGGGCAGGACUCGGCGCGUCCCCGGCCGCUGGGCUGUGGCCCUGGGCACCGGCACGGGGGUCUCCAACGGGCAGCAGCGGCCCCAGGCCCCGGCAGGCAGGGACCCGGAGGCCCAGCGCUCCCAGCCGCCCCCCGCCAGCGCCCUGGAAAAGGCCGAUUCCAGCUCCAGCUCCUCCUCCUCCUGCUCCUCCUCGUCGUCGUCCUCCUCCUCCCAGCAGGCGGCGCCCCCCGGGGGCGGGGACAGCAACCUCGGCCCCCUGCGCUCGCCAGACCCGGAUAUUUAUGAUCCCUUCCACCCGACGGACGAGGACAACCCGGGCGGGGACUUCGGCUACGCGGCCUCGCCCGGCAAACAGCAGGACCAGAAGUACGACCCCUUCGACCCCACCGGCUCCAACCCCAGCUCCUCCCGCAGCAGCCCCUCCCCCGACGAGGAGGAGGACGAGGAGGAGGAGGAGGAGGAGGACGACGCGGCCGCCCCCCGGCCCGACAUGUCCCACAGCAUCAGCCGCAUCUCGGAGACCCUGGCCGGCAUUUACGACGAGAACAGCUUGAGCCAGGACUUCCCCGGCUCGGAGAAGGGGCGGGACGAGGCGGAGCCCAGCGAGGGCCCCGUGGCCGGUGGCCGGCGCCCUGAAAAGGAGCCGGCGGCCGGGGCCGACUCCACCCUGCCCGAGGAGGAGAUCGCCUCGGAGCAGUCGGACGGGGCUCCCGAGCCGCCCCCGGAGCCGCGGCGCCGCGUCUUCGUGGUGGACCUUGCCAGCAAGAGCCGCUCGGAGGCAGAGGCCAACCCCAAGCUGGAGGGGAAGGUGUCGCUGGAGGUGGUGACGGCUGGAAACCCCAAGGCUCCGGCCCGGGGGGAGAAGGGCCCCAAGGCGGGCCGGCACCGGGGUGGGCGGCGCCCCUCUCUGGACUGGGCCGGCGCCGACUCGGAGAUCGAGGAAGGCGAGAUCGUGCAGCCGGAGGACGAACGCUACAGCCCCAUCCGGCUCUUCCGCAGCCGGUGCCGGCCGGCCGAGCCGCGCCCCCUGCGGGUGGCGGAGGGCGAUGACUUCCUGUCUCUCCACGCCGACUCGGACGAGGAGGGGGACUUCGGCGAGAGCCAGCCCGAGCCCCGGUGGAAGGCGGCCGCCGACCUGCGGCGCAAGAUCCUGACGCAGCGCCGCGAGCGGUACCGCCAUGACUCGCCCAAGCACUCGGGCUCCAGCUCCGGCUCCCGCAAGAAGGCCAAGCGGUCGCGCGAGCGCCGGCCCCCCAAGGCCAAGGAGCCCCGCGCUGGCCCCUGGCCCCCCAAGAAGAAAUCCAAGUCGCGCUCGAAGUCCAAGGAACGCCGGCGCUCCCGGUCCCGCCGGCGCGGCUCCCGCUCCCGGUCCCGCCGGCGUGGCUCCCGCUCCUGGUCACCCUCCCUCAGCACCAGCCUGUCGGCCAUGGGCUCGGAGCGGCGCCGGCGGUCACGGGAGAGGCGGCGGGGCCGGCGCUCGCGCUCAGGGAGCCGGGCGCGGCACAAGGAGAAGCACCGGGACGGCGGCGGCGGCAAGAAGAAGAAGAAGCAGCAGCGCUCCCGUUCCCGGGAGAAGCGGCCGCCCCGCGACAAGCAGCGCGAGGUGCACGUCCUGGAGGAGCCCAAGGCGGAGGAGCGUCGCCGGGACGCCCGCACCGUCGUGCCGCCCUCCAUCCAGGACCUCAACGACACCGACCUCUUCACCAUCAAGAGGACCAUCACGGUCAGCCGGCAGGACGGCUCCCCGGAGCCGGCCAAGCGGGAGGUGCUCUAUGACUCAGAGGGGCUGAGCUUCGAGGGCUGCUUCUCGGACCGCGAGCCCGCCGAGGGGCCCCGGCACCUGGGCGGCAAGGGCGAAGGGGGGCCGCCCCGCAAGGAGCGGCCGGAGGAGGAGGCCAAGCCGCCCAAGGAGAAGGAGCGGAAGCGGGGGUACCCGGAGGAGCGCCCCGCGCCCCGCGAGAAGUCCAAGAAGAGGUUCAAGGAGGCGCCGGGCCGGUCGGCGCCCGAGGCGGAGAAGGAGAAGGCGCGGCCGGAGCGGGAGAAGCCCCCCCGGAGAGCCAAGGCCGGGCACAAGGACAGCGGCAAGGCAGGCGGCUCGGGCCGCAAGGUCAAGCUGCAGUCCAAGGUGGCGGUGCUGAUCCGCGAGGGCGUCAGCAGCACCACGGUCUCCGGCAAGGAAGGCGGCUCCAUCGGCAUCAAGUUCAGCCGGGACAAGGAGAGCCGCUCGCCCUUCCUCAAGCCGGAGGAGAAGGGGCCCGGGGCCGAGGCCAAGGCGGAGCCGGCCAAGGAGCCGGGCGCCAAGGCCAAGAAGCCGAAAGGGCUGAAGGCCAAGGCGGGGCUGAGGAAGGCCAAGGGGCCGGGGGCCAAGGCCAAGGCGCCCUCGGAGGCCAAGAAGAAGAAGAAGCUGAAAGCCAAGACGGGGCUGAAGAAGUCGAAGGCCGACAGCUGCAGCCAGGGGGCCGGGAGCCCGCCCGCCCCUGCCCCCGAGCCGCCGGGGGGCGCCGGCUCCCCACUCAGCCCCCCGCCCAAGCCGCCGCCCGCCCCGGCCGAGCAGGAACUGACCCCCGACUCGCAGACGGUGGACAGCAGCUGCAAGACGCCCGACGUCUCCUUCCUGCCCGAGGAGGCGGCCGUGCCCGCGCCUGGCGAGCAGCAGAGGGCGCCGGCGGGCGAGCCCCAGGCCGACAGCCUCUCCGAGCCCAAGGAGGAGCCCGCCCGCGCCCUGCCCCCGCCCCCGGCCCCCAUGGCCUGGAACUUGCAGGGGGGCGUGGACUGCACCACGAGCGGCGUCCUGGCACUGACCGCCCUGCUCUUCAAGAUGGAGGAAGCCAACCUGGCGAGCCGGGCCAAGGCCCAUGAACUCAUCCAGGCCACCAACCAGAUCCUGAGUCACACCAAACCCUCCACGUCCCUAGCGGGCUCCCAGGCCCCCGCGCCACCUCCCGCCCACACGGCCGCCCCCUACCUGCUGCACGGCUCCCUGCCCCUGGGGGGCUGCAGCUCCACCCCCCCGACGCCCACCGGGCUGCCUGGCACCCUCGGCCCGGCCUCGGCGGGCGCUGGCAGCGGGAUGCUCUUUGGCACCGGCUCUGGCAGCGACCUGGGCAAGCGGGACGGGAGCACCAGCUCCGACGGGCGCGGGGACACCGAUAAGUACCUGAAGAAGCUGCACACGCAGGAGCGGGCGGUGGAGGAGGUGAAACUGGCCAUCAAGCCGUACUACCAGAAGAAGGAGAUCACCAAGGAGGAGUACAAGGACAUCCUGCGCAAAGCGGUGCACAAGAUCUGCCACAGCAAGAGCGGGGAGAUCAACCCGGUGAAGGUGAACAACCUGGUGCGGGCCUACGUGCAGCGCUACAAGUACUUCCGGAAACACGGCCGCCGCAUGGAGGAGGAGCCGGGGGGCCCCAAGGACCGGGGGGGGCUGGAGAAGGCCUCGCUACCCCUGCCCCCCCUCUGAGCCCGGCGGGGGGCCCACCCCCCAUCUGCGUCUCUAGCUGACUCGGACCCCCUGAUGCAAAGGGAGGGGGGCGCUCCUGGCCUCCCUCCAGCUCCCCAGACUCUGAAUGGUUUUAAACAGGAACAGUUUUACUCUGUACAUAGGGGGGGGCGGGGGGGUGAGCCUGGCUGGGGGGGGCCUGUUCGCGGGCUACCCUCCCCCCGACUUCCCCUACGUCACUCAUGUUAGCAUGUUUUUAUUUGGAUUCCAGCCCCCCAGGGAAUCUCUCAUCCAGCCCCCCCGACCCCCAGCUGCCCUGGGGGGAGCAGCUCUCUGGGUUGAGAUGCCCCCCCACAGCUGGUGCCCCCCAUCUCUCUGCCCCCCAUCUCUGUAUCUUCCUUUCUGUCUCUUCAUAAACUGCGUUAGCCACUUGGCUCUGGAUCGUCUUCUUGGGGCGGGGGACGCGUGUGAUAGCAGCUCUGGGGGGCUGGCACUAGGGGGCAGGGUUGGGGGCCGUCCCCCACCCUUUCCUGGAGCAGAGGGGCCACAUCCCAUGUAGGGGCCCCCUAGGACCGUGCCCCACCCCGGAGCGGUCCCCGGAUAAAUGGAGGGGGGGCAUGUCCCCAAGGAAGGCCCCAUGGACGUGGGGGGGAGGGGGAGCCGAGCUGGGAACGGGAAGGCGGCUUCGCUCCCGGCGUCCUGGCGCCGUUACCCCGGGCGCUAAAGGGGACGGGACGCAGCUCGGGGCGAGUCGGCCGCGAUCUUCUGCCCAAUCGGGAGGAAUUCAAGUCUCGGGGCCGGAAGAACCUCGGAGCGAGAACGGCAAACGCGGCUCACGGGGCAGCCCGGAGCAGGGCCGGCGCGGUGAACCCCAGCCCAGCCAGCCAGACUUCGGUCCCUGGGCAAAGCUCGUCUGCGACCCCCUGGAGGAGCAGGGGCUGGUCGCCGGCAGCCAGCGUGGAGUCCCCAGGACCCGACCCUGCCCACGCCGCUGGAUUUCCUCCCCGGCGCAGGAACCGGUUUGGCGGCGGACGUCGCGUCCCUGGACGUCACAGUCUGCUAAGGCAGCUGGAGAGGUGCGGGCUGCGGAAUUGGUUAACCAAGCGCAAAGGGAACCAUGGAGGCAGGCCCCGGGUGGGGCUCGUCAGGGACCGGUAACGACCUGCCUGUGGGGAUCGAGAGCCGGCGGCUCCAGUCUGCUGAUGACACGAAGCUGGGAGGUUGCGAACCCCUCGGAGGACAGAGCGAAGAUUCAGCGGGAUCCUGAGAAAUGGGAGAACUGGGCUCUAGGCGACCACACGAAAUUCAGCGGAGACGUGUGUCAGGUGCUGCACGGAGGGCAGAGACCCUGCUGCACCAGUGCAGAACGGGGGGUGAGGGGCUUGGCAGCGGCCCUGCGGAGAGGGAGCUGGGGCAGAUCCCAGCCUCAGCGUGAGUCAGCACCACGAUGCUCUUACGGCUGUGUUACCAGCGGCACAGCCGGCAAGUCCCGGGAGGCACCUGGGGGAUCCUGCACCAUGUUCACGCCGGGCGCGGGGCACAUGGGGCUGCUGGGGUGACAGCAUUGGGCUGAAUGGGAGGGGGGCUCCAGGGCCACGGGGAUGGGGGGCUGCAGGGACACAGGAUUGGGGGCAGAUGUGCCUGAGUGGAUGGGAGAGCCUAGGGGUCAGCCAUGGUCUGCACAGGGGAGCCUCCCCCAAAACCCUGUUCCAUAUUUUUUCCCCCCACAACCCUCCAGGUUCACUCGAAGGCUCCCUCCGCUCCCCCGACUCCCCCAGCCUUGGUGCGGCGGGAACGACGGCUCUGCCGCGUGGUUGAAACGAAUCUACUCCCAUUUCUGUAUUAAUCUGCUGAGUAAGGAAUCGAUCUGUCAGAACCCCAGUCCCCGAGUCCCUUUUCUUUGGGGGGGGGGGUCUGUAUUGUCACGGACGGACGCGCCGACCGGUAUUUUGAAAUAAAUGACCAAAAUCCGUGAAAGCGGCAUGAUUCCAGGGUGUUAUUUCGACAGACAAAACCCGGCAGAAGUUGAAGCCACGGGGCGCAGGCUGGUUCAUGGUCGGGCGCAGGAAUCCCCCCCGGGGGUGCCAUCGUUCCGCGCGGCUCCGGUGAGGCCUCGGCUGGGGUCCCGCGUCCAAGUCCGGGCCCCGCGGCUGCGACGUUCGGAGAAGCGGCUUGAAAGGCCGCCCCAGAAACGCCAGCGGGGGGCCCCUGGUUCUCGCUGCCCCGGAGGGCAGGACAAGAGGCGCCGGCGUCACCCUCGGGCACGGCCGGGUGAGAGGAAAAGCGGCCUAGGGGCGAGGGAGGUGCCCAG